AUGACAUUCUUUGGCAUAUCGAACCCGAAGGCCUCCUAUCCCUAUCGGCGAUCCAAUACACCCACUAUCAGUGCUCCUCUUCCCUUCCCGCCAUCCUAUUACCUGCAAAAUAUCUCCACGCCCAUAUUAAAUCCCCCACUGCUGCACCCAGGGCUUGCCAAUACAGACCCCUUUCAACAGCCUCCUCGCCCUGCGCCUCCACCUCCUAAUGCCGUGGCUUCUCAACAGACCCGGCACUCGCCUCAUUUUGUUGUCCACCCUGCACCACCCCCUUUGGAAGAUCACCCUGCAUUUCGAGAUAUUCAACUCUCCAUGAACAAUGGCAGCACCUUCUUCAGUGCCGACGAUAAGAGCAGUGGCGGUAGUCAAACCUUCAUCCCAUUUAGUCCUUCGGAUUACGAAAUUUCAAGGCUGUCUAAUUUGUCGUCAAAUCGUCUUCCUCCCACCCCGCCCAACUCCCCGCCCAUCCCGCCAUCCCGCUCGCCUACCCCCGCACAGGCCCGCUCUACUCCCACUUGGAAGGCCUCCGAACAACCAACAGAGCCUUUACAAGCAUUCGAGCAACAUUCCAAAUGGCAUCAUUAUCACCGUCACCUUUAUCACCCUUUGAACGACAGCGCCCCUACCACCUCCAAAGGAUCCACCCGGGCUAGCUUAAACAGCGAUAGCGACAAAGACCAUAGCUCCUCUGGUGGAUUUGUUGAGCUUUCAGAUCUUCUUUCCGGGAAGCUCGACGAAGUCAUCGCCUCUAUAGAUGGCCAGGAAUUUAGUGGCAUGGAGAAAGAUCUACGUGUGAGCUACCUCCCCCCUCAGCCGUCACUUCGUGGCGGGGACUCUGGCGGUGGACGUCCAUUCCGAGUACGCAAACGCCGCACGUACCCGUCCAGUAUCAAUUACUUCUCAAAAGUCUACCAUUAUGCAAACUCUCGGCUUCCGGAUUCCCUCACGCCAUUGCGACUUUACAUUCCUACAUACCCUCUCCUCUGCCUAGCCGCGCGCUUCUCCCAAAGAGUCUACAACAAACCCACCGGGGCUGAGCGGGAAACCCGGGUUGAAGCCGACUGGCGCCUGGGCACCAAGGCAAUGGUCAUAAAAUCAGAGCCAGUCGACAACAUGAACGUCAUCGUCUUCGCCAUCCGCGGCACGAACAGCUUUCGUGACUGGGCCACGAACAUGAAUUCUGACCCCGUCUCUCCAGAACACUUCUUAGACGACCGCGGAAAUCUGUGCCACGCCGGCUUUCUCUCCGUUGCCCGCCGCAUGGUCAAGCCCGUGGCCUUGCGACUGCAGCAGAUACUUGAUGAAAACCCAUCGCGCAUCGCUUACUCCCUCAUUAUCACAGGCCACUCAGCCGGUGGCGCUAUCGCCAGCCUGCUGUACAUGCAUAUGUUGUCGGGGACAGUAAAAUCCGAACUUAUCAGGAUGCGCGACUUCUUUAAACGUGUGCACUGCAUUACCUUCGGCUCCCCGCCGGUAUCGCUCCUACCGCUGCAGAAGCCCGUUGGACCUGGCCGUGACCGGUUCCAGAAAUGGCUAUUCUUCUCGUUUGUGAAUGAAGGUGACCCGGUACCCCGCGCGGAUAAAGCGUACGUUCGGUCGCUGCUAGACCUUUAUAUCUCCCCGGCACCUCCACUGCCCCGACCCCCCUCCACAACCCCAGGGGAGAAUACCUCCCAAAAAUCAGCCUCGGCAAGGCUACAACAAAAAUUAUAUCGCCUCGGAGGCAGGAAGGCUGCAAGCGAUAGCAAACGCAACAAAAGAAGUACCAAGGGCGAUUGGGAAAACGACCACAAUCUGAUGCCUACAGUAGUAUGGAAGACGCCGCCAUCGUCUCUUUGCGCUGCGGGGAAUCUGAUCCUCCUUCGCGGAGGCGAUAUGGAAAAACAGAAAAAUAAUUUGCAGGAUGGGGUUUAUGCUGAAGCAUUUCUAAUGAAAGAUGACGAUUUGCGAGACGUAGUAUUCGGGGAUCCAAUGAUGCAUAUUAUGGAGCUCUAUGAGCAGCGAAUUGAGAUUUUGGCCACGAAUGCGGUGACGGCGCGGUUUUCGCUACGGUAA